UGUCCGUUACACGUCCUGCCUCCGCGCGACCCACGCGCCAGUCCGACACCCCCCCCACACUCUGUUACGUCAUCAGCUGCCUCCUCGAUUCACACAAGACCCUACUCGGCGUUGGCCGGGCAACCCCUAGCACUCGCCUGAGGCACCUCCUUUAUAGACGGGCGGCGGUUUGUAUCGCCACCUAAGGCUUGGGACACGCCAGGGGAUGGGCGCUUGUAGAUGACGUAAUCAGCCAGGGUAGUCGGCUCAGAAGGCCCCGCAAUGUGCAGGUGGUGUAUGUGAGGCCGCUGGGGGCUGGGAGCGGUGCCACGCGUGGGGGUGGGGAUGGCAGCCGCCGUAGAGCAGAGGAUGUGGGGCGCUGGUUUCCGUACAGAACAAGGCAUCCUGCAGUAGCGCGAUGCCUGCGGGGGGCGCAGCCAUGCUCUGGCUCCCAGCGCAGAGGCUUAUCCCGGCUGUGAAGGGCUUGUGCAGUUUAUCAGGCUGCAAGUCCUGUUUCCUUCGGAGAUUUUCCAUCCAGCCUGCCCAGCAGAGGAAGAUUCCAAACCGGUACCUGGGCCAGCCCAGCUCCUUCACACAUCCACACCUUCUCAAACCAGGGGAGGUAACACCGGGAUUGUCACAGGUGGAAUAUGAUCUACGCCGACACAAGCUGAUGACUUUGAUCAAGAAAGAGGCGCAAGAGUGGGGUGGGGUGGACCACACAGUGAUUCUGCUAUCCAACCCCACUUACUACAUGAGCAACGACAUCCCAUACACCUUCCACCAGGACACCAACUUCCUGUACCUGUGUGGCUUCCAGGAGCCUGACAGCAUCCUGGUGCUGCAGAGCUUGCCUGGCAAGGCACUGCCAUCCCACAAGGCCAUGCUCUUUGUGCCACGGCGAGAUCCAAGCCGAGAGCUGUGGGAUGGGCCACGAUCAGGCACCGAUGGGGCAGUAGCUUUGACAGGAGUGGAUGAAGCUUACCCCCUAGAGGAGAUUAGACACCUGGUGACCAAACUGAAAGGUGAAUCAAACAUGGUUUGGUAUGAUUCUGCAAAGCCAGUGCACACACAGCUCCACUCUGACUACCUGCAGCCUCUGGCCGAGAUCAAAGCUGGAAGCAAAAACCGCAUCCGAGCUAUUCAUCAUCUAGUACAACAACUCCGCCUGAUCAAAUCCCCUGCAGAGAUUGAGAGGAUGAAGGUUGCCGGAAGGGUGACGUCACAGGCUUUUAUAGAGACAAUGUUUGCCAGCAAAUUCCCAGUGGAUGAAGCAUAUCUCUAUGCUAAGUUUGAAUUUGAAUGCCGGGCACGAGGGGCUGACAUCUUGGCUUACCCACCUGUGGUCGCUGGUGGCAACAGGUCCAACACCUUGCACUAUAUAAAAAACAACCAGCUUAUCAAGGAUGGAGAAAUGGUCUUACUGGAUGGUGGAUGUGAGUCUUCCUGCUACGUAAGUGACAUCACUCGCACCUGGCCCAUCAAUGGCAGUGCAUCUACCAAAACAAAUCUAAGGUUACAGAGAUGGGUCUUGCCUUUCCUUGUGCAGGGGCUGACUCUGGGCAUGUGAGUGAGGCGUAAGGGAGCAGGUGUUUAGUCCAUGUGUGAGUGGCUGCCAGUCUCAGGUCAGGAACGUUCCAUUAAGUGUCCCUGUGAUGGUUGGGUUGGUUCCAGUGUCUCUUUGCUCACGUCCUUCCCUUCAAACUGCAGCUUUGCCCUGCUCGGCUUCAGGCCAAAGAUUCCAACCAAGAGUCCCCUCUCCACAGCCGGGAGAGUGCCUGACUCAGAACUGCGCCUGACCUGGGAACU